UUUAAGUGCUGUUACUGUGGUUUCUUCAAUCCGGCGCGCCGAGUUCGACGGAAUACCCUGGUACCAAAGUUGGACACCUUCCCUAGUCCCACAGCUGCACCCACUCCCCUCACUACUUCUUCAUCCUCCGAACUGAAGAGCCGACGCGUCUACAGUGCCUCAUUGGCCAAUCUAACCGCUCCGGAGACGCCAACUUCCCGUGUAGCCAGGCAAAUGACUGCUUCUGAGGAGGACGUCUUCGUAGCGUCAAGGAAAGUGGAGGUGGUGGGGUCGGGUUCAUUGUCACACUUUGGCGGCAGCCCCACACCCGAGAGCACCCCAAAUAGUGACGUUGAUGAAGAUGAGACUGCCCGUUCGCAUAAUUUUGAAGACACAAACGACAAAGACGUGACUGUUGAGGAGGGAGAAGAUGUAGGCACGGAAGAGAAGAUCGAGAAUUCAUCUGCUCCGGAUGAGGUACUCUCUAGUUCCGUUUCCCAGGACUAG